AUGGAAGGCCAGCCAAGCCACAGCAGGUCACUCGGCCGUAGUGUCACACAGCCCGAGCAGCGGCCGAGCCCCAGCAUACAUCACAGUCGUCGAUUUGACGAAUCAUGGGUCGAACUCUCCUCCCAGCCCUCGUCCUCGUCGCUCUCGAGCGUCGACAAUGAAAUCGUCACCACCGGUCUCCAGGUCGGCAGCCCGUUCCAGCGCCGUAGGCGACUCCAUCCCUCGGCGCGAUCACUCCCCCCUCCGCAGCGCACCGCCAUCCACGUCACCGGUGCCAGCAGCCAGGAUGAGGAGGACGAGAGCGACAGCGAUGAGGACCGCGUCAUGACGAGCUCCGCCGAAAACAUCCACUCGUCUGAAAAGGACCCCUCGGACGGCUCCGACGACGAGUCCGACGAUGACGGUGACAAUGCCACCACACUCGGUCGAAACCCCGACGCUCCCGUGUUCCGCCCGCAGCCAAACGCCUUUACCCAUCCGCCCGCCGGCCUGGGGCAGCGGAGCUACUCGACGAGCUCGGCCGAGCACCCUCACCCGCACAGCUCCUUCCGGCGCUCCUCGUACCCUCACCGAUCGCAGGCGCGCGGCCACCACCACCGCGGUACAGCAGCAUCACCGCCCAACUUUAUGUCACCCUCUGCUCGCGAAGACAACGACGCUGCGCUGCGGGCCUCUCUCACCACACUCCUCUCCUGUGCCGCCGCCGCCAGAGGCCUGCCCAAAAACAAAGACGAGACGGACGCGCAGCGCGUCACGCGGACCGGUGUCACCCCCAGCAAUCAGCCCAUGGAGCUGCGUUUCAUGCCCGAGUCUGCGCUCGCUGGUGAGGAAAAGCAGGUCGACGCCGGCCCCUCGGGUGUCCGACGCCGGCAUCCUUCGUCUGGCGCCGUCUCUCCCAAGUCAAAGCGGUCCGAGUCGGCUGGCAGGGGCCCGCGGGCGGCGAAGAAGAAAAAGACGGCUGCUGCUGCUGCUACUACUGCUGCUGACGCAGAUUAUACGCUAAUAUCCCCCACGCUUCUCAGCUGGGUCGUCAGCGCCGGCGUCGUCGUCCUCGUGUCUGUUGUUGGGUUCGGCGCUGGCUACGUCAUCGGACGAGAGGUUGGCCGCGAAGAGGCACGCGAGGUGCUGGCGGCCAGCGUCGGCGGUGUCAACGACACGACGUCGGCCGGCAGCCAGGUGAUUCGUUCCUCGGCCGGGCUGCGCAAGCUGCGCUGGAGCGCGGUUGGCAGAAGCAUCGUCGCCCAGGCAUAG